GAGCCUGGAAGCUGGGCUCAAACCCUGCUCUCCUGCUGAUGGAGGGACGCAGGCAGGUGGCCAGGCCUUUUGGCUGCAGGGCUCUAACCCACCACACCUACUGACAGGUGCCAGGGCACUUUCUUUUUAAAUUAAACCUGCUUCUCAUCACCCAGGUGUUAAAGCACAUGACCACAUUGUCCUUGCUAGUAUUUUGCAAGCAGAAGCCCCCCUCCUGCACAGAUGUCCCUUUCCAAUAGUUGGGGCCGGGCCGGGCCAGCUUCUUUCUCUCAAGGGCUCUCCAGAGACUCCGGAUUUGAGACUUUAGGCCAAGAGGCAAAACGGAGGCUACUCCUUGGGGACUUAAGUCCCUUCAGGUUUCAGGAGGUCCCAGCGCACCCCCUGGGGGGGCUGAUUAGGGGCUCCUUCUGAACUGAGCUGUCGGGCUGUCCUGGAUCAGCUCCAGCGAGAGUUCCCCAGGUUCCCCCCUCACCUGGCGGCACAGGUGGAGAGCAUGAACUUGGCGCUCCAGAAGAUCCGGCAGGGUCUCCAGGAGCAUCACAAGCAGACGGAGAACUUCCUGCGGACAGUGGAGACCUGGAGCCAGGCCCGGGGCUUCCAGCCUGCGGAGGCCAGCCCCGAGGCUUCCCUGCAUCCAGAGGCCGAGACCCCACAGCCCUCUGGGCUCCAGGGACCACCCUUCGAAGACAUCCUGGCCGCGAGGUCCUCAGACUGGCUGAGGCAGCCCUCCAGAGCGGAUGCCGGGCCCCCCACGCCGGACACGCAGUCCCCCUGGGACCCCGAGCCCCGGUUUUGGCAGGACGUUCUGACCAAGGAGCUCUGGCAGAUCUUUGCGGGGACCCACAGGAGGGACCAGCGCCGCAGGAUCCCAGUGACAGAGCAGUUGCCAGGCCUGGAGAGCCAGGACGCAGGACCACAGGACUCAGGACUGGAACCACGGAGCAGAGAUGCUUUGGUGCCCAGCCCACCCGAGCCCUCCCCCAGCUCCCCCGAGGGCUCCGGAGAAGAGAGCACAGAGCCAGGCCUGCCAGGCCUGGACACCGAAGGGAUGCUCUCCCUCCGCAUAGCCCAGGAGCCUGCUGGGAGAGCCUACCGGUUCCUGAAGCCCAUAUGCUGGGACCCUGAGGACUUCGAGGACACGUGGAAGAGACCAGAUGCCUUGCCCUGGCAAUCCCAGAAGGCGGCCAUCCCGCACGGAGUGGAGAAGAUGCGGACGCUAAAGCACGGGGAGCCGGUGCUCGCCACGGCCGUCAGCAGCUGCACGCGACAUGCGUUCACCUGCGGCCGCGGCGGCGUCAAAGUGUGGAGCCUGGUGGGCGGGGGGCUGGAGGACCGGCUCCCCGAGAGCCACCUGCGUGUACAGAACCCCCAGGCCUACCUGCGCACCUGCCUGCUGUCCCCGACCAGCACGACCCUGCUGACGGGCGGCCACAACCUGGCUGGCGUGAGCGUGUGGGACCUGACCGCGCCCUCCCUGCGUGUGAGCGGCGAGCUGCCCUGCGCAGGCCUCACCUGCCAGGCCCUGGCCUUCGGCCCCGAGGCCACCCUGGCCUUCGCAGGCUUCACCGACGGCACAGUCAGGAUCUGGGACUUGCGGGACCAGAGCAUUGUCAGGGACCUGCCGGGGCCCCCAAACGGAACCAAGAGCAUUGCUGUCAAAGACCAGAACAUCUGGACGGGGGGGCUGGACACCUGCCUGCGGUGCUGGGACCUGAGGACCCCCGGGGAGCCCCUGGAAUACCAAUUCGAGUCUCAGAUAAUGAGCCUGUCCCCCAGUCCCCAGGAAGACUGGGUGCUGGUGGGCACAGCCAGUGGCCAACAGUGGCUACAGCCCACCCGAGGGGGCCAGAAGCACAUGGUGGGGUGUAAGGACGGCACCAUCCUGGGUCUCAAGUUUUCCCCAUUUGGCCAGUGGUGGGUGAGCGUUGGGACAGAUGACCUGGUCAGCAUCUAUGGCAUGCCCGCGGGGACCGUGGUGUUCCAGGUGCCCGAGACCGCCUCCAUCCUGUGCUGUGAUGUGUCCCGCAACAACCGCCUGGUCGUCACGGGGUCGGAGGACCACACCGCGGUCUACCAGAUCACCUACUGAGGGGCCUGGCCCUGUCGUCCUGACUCGGGACCCUUUUUUUUUUGUCCUUUGCCCCCAACAAGGUGGAGGGGUGGGGGGGGCCAGGUCUCUUCCCCACUGCACAGGUAGUAAAGCAAUUGGAA